AUGGAUACACGAAAGCGUAAGAAGAAGGUGCUCCUCAUGGGCAAAAGUGGUUCGGGCAAGUCGUCGAUGCGGUCCAUCAUCUUCAGUAACUAUGUGGCCAAGGACGUUCGACGAUUGGGAGCCACCAUCGAUGUGGAACACAGCCAUGCUAAGUUCAUGGGCAACCUGACGCUGAACCUUUGGGACUGUGGAGGACAGGAUGCUUUCAUGGACUCCUACCUCAAUGCGCAGCGCGAAAACGUCUUUUCCGAUGCCGAAGUGCUCAUCUAUGUGUUCGAUAUCGAGUCGCGGUCGGUCGACCAGGACCUGGAAACAUACAGUCAAGUGAUCAAGGCCUUGAAAGAAUACAGUCCUAGCGCGCAUGUCUUCUGUCUGAUCCACAAGAUGGAUUUGGUACAAACGGAACACCGCGAGCGCAUCUACGAAGAGCGAUGUAAGCUGAUUGCGGCAAGAUCCGAGGGGCUAAGUCUGGAGACAUUUGCAAGCAGUAUCUGGGAUCAAACAUUGUACAAGGCGUGGGCCGGCAUCGUCCACAAGAUGAUCCCCAACCUGGUGGUGAUCGAGCGGUUCCUCCAAGCGUUUGCACAGCAGCUUUCGGCUGAAGAGAUAGUGCUCUUCGAACGCUCGACCUUUCUAACCGUCACCAACGUCGUUACCGAGUAUGGCGAGGACAAUCCUCAUCCGGAUCGGCAUGAACGCAUCUCGAAUAUCUUCAAGACAUACAAGCAUACGGUUGCGAGAAAUACAAGAACUACGGCGGCAAGUGCGGGCUUUUUGCUGUUCAAAGUCCAGACGCAGCGGUUCAACUGCUUUUUGGCCAGGUUCACAGAGAACACCUAUAUCUUUGUUGUUGUGCCGCCGGGCGAGGCAGCGUUCAACUGUGCCGUGUUGAACACCUUGAUGGCUCGGGAUGUCUUUGCCCGGAAGACUGGAGUCGAGGGCUGA